UAGCUUCCUGCUUUUUGUAUUUCGUUGCUUUCAUAUGCUUAAUUGUUUCAAUUGAACUCAUUGCACUUGAGGAUCUUCGCCGUCUUUCAACUCCCAUUGAUCUGAAGUUAGUGUUCGAUUGAGAAGCGUUGAAAGCGGACAUAUCUUACAUUAUCCAAAUGAAAUAAGUAAAGAGUCGAGAUGCAUGUUGCAUAUCUCCUAACGAUUUUACUUAUGACGUUUGGAACUCCAACUCAGGGAGUUAAUUGCGAUGGAGGAGACUGUCUUCCGUAUCAUCGUUGCUUGUAUGCCAAGAAGUUGAAAAAGGUUCCAUACUGCGCCGAUGGAUCCGUUUGCUGCAGGCCACCCACAAGAUCCACAAAUGAUUCGCCAUCGAAAAAAGCCUGUCAGGAAUAUUCGAAUGACAAGAGUUUCUGCCCACCGGAACUCCUAAUUUUCCACGGAAAUGGAACCGAGCGACAUGAGCGCCAGUACAUGGCAGUGAUCGGGAAAAGAGCCAAAGGAAAUGAAACUGGAAAUCCGGAAUGGAUAUGCGGCGGCACCGUGAUUCACGAGAGAUACGUGCUAACUGCAGCCCACUGCAUCCUGCUGGUGGAUGAAGAUCCGGAUUUCUUCGUUGGUCUGGGUGCCUACAACAAAAGCGAAAGCCAGAUUUAUCGAGUGGUCAAUGUGACCCAUCAUCGGGAUUACGACGAACUGAGCUCAGUUAAUGACAUUGCCCUGCUGCGGCUGAAUGAAACCAUCGUGUUUAGUGAGAAAAUCAAGCCAGCCUGCUUGGCCACGUCGCCAGUGGAGAGUCGAGAAACACUGACGGUUUGCGGAUGGGGCUACCUGGACUCUGUGAGCACAACGCAGCCGGAUGAGCUGCGCAAGGCGGACUUGCAGGUGCUCAAGAUCUCGGACUGUUCCCGCGCCAGCAGCGAUAUGCACAUUUGUGCCGGCGGAGUGAACAACAUCAGCGACGUGUGUCGCGGGGAUUCCGGCGGACCACUGGCCAAGUGGCAUCCCAGGUGGGGCGGCUGCCUGGGCCAGGUGAUCGGCAUUGUGUCCGCGGGCGGCUUGUGCGAUGCCCAAUAUCCGCGCACCAAAUUCACUAAUGUUUUUUACUAUGUCGAGUGGAUUGAAAACAUCGUUUGGCCUUCUAAAAAUAAGAAAUAGUUUUAAUAGAUUUUCUAAAUAUUAAGUUCAUGUUUUCACUGAACUUACAGCACUUGCUUAUUAAUCACAUCUUAAUCUAUGUUCUCUUUCAUUUUUAAUACUUACUUUUUUGCUAGCAUUCCACAAAAUAAGUCAAUAAACAUACC